GGGACACACAAUGCUCAGCUGGCGGGACCGCGGACAAGACCAAUAACUUCGUGUCAAAUUCAAGCUUUUAUUUUGUUAUUAUGCUGUAAUUUACUUCGUGAAUGUAUAUCAUCCACCACGACCAAACAAUGCGAGGCAUCCUUAAGAGAAAGUUUGCGGAGGUAGAUCCCUGCUACUCCUCUUCCUCCUCCUCCUCCUCCUCCUCUCCCCCGUCCUCCCUCUCCUCCCCUGCCUCCUCAGAGUGGGAGUCCGACGGGGAAAGCGGCCCCUCCGACAGCCAGGACUUCACACCUCACAGUCCUUCUUCGCCCACCAGUUUACCCACAGUUCGGUCUAUCCUGAAGAGGACGAAGCUCAGUGCAGGCCCGCAGAGUAACGUGCGCUUUGACCAGGUGACGGUGUUCAUCUUCCCCCGCUGUCAGGGCUUCACCAGCGUGCCCAGCCACGGGGGGGCCACCCUGGGCAUGGUGCAGACGCACAGCACCCUGCGGAGAUACACGAUGGCUGAUCAUGCGCUGGAGCGACGGCGCUGGCGCAGAGAGAGGCUCAGAGACAGGCGGAGGAGAGAGAGGCUGGAGGCGCUGAAACACAAAUUGAUCACCAGCGGGGCCAUGGACCAGGAAGAGGCAGACCGGCUCACAGUGGAGCAGGUCCCAGAGGAAGACGUCCCCAUCAGUGAUGCAGAGCUGGAGGACGGAGGGUUCCUCCAGCCAUACUCCUCCAGGCAGCGGCAGGCUCUCCUGCAGGCGGCGGGGGUGAAGCGCGUGGACCGGGAGGAGAAGAGGCAGCUGCACGCCCUGCGGCUCUCCAGGGAGGCCUGUGGCUGUGACUGCCAGGGCUUCUGUGAGCCGGAGACCUGCGCCUGCAGCCUGGCAGGGAUCAAGUGCCAGGAGGACCGCUUAAACUUCCCGUGUGGCUGCACUACGGACGGCUGUGGGAACUCUCAGGGCCGCAUCGAGUUCAACUCCAGACGUGUGCAGACUCAUUACAUCCACACCGUCAUGAAGCUGGAGAUGGAGAGGCGACUGCAGGAGGAAUCAGUGAGCCAAGAGGAGCAGACGGGACUCCCAGAGGACCUGGAAGUGUACGGGCAGCAGGAGGAGGCCGAUCCGGGGCAGAGCGCACAGGACCAGAGCUGCCCCUUCGGCUUCACCUCGGAGGACGGCCUUCCUCUCACCAUGCCCACAACGCCUUCAUUUCACUUCCCCCAAGAACGGUUGUCGGUGGAGGAGAGCAGUUGCAGCAGCGACAUGACCGAAUCCUCCUGCUCCUCCUCCGACUCUGCGGGAGGAUGCCUCGAUGGGAGUCAGGACCUCCCUGAUUUAGAUAGAGGGUUGUCACUUCCCCUCAGCAUGUGUGAAAAUAAUAACUACUCUGCGUGCAGCCAGCUAAACCAUAAAGUACGGCAGACAGGAAACCUAGACUUCUUUGACUCUCUGGAGGGCUUCCCCAGCUCCCCCUCCCCCACCCUGGACUAUUUUUCCGGCAGGUACAUGGACCUGAGUUUGGCUUCAGACUCCGACAUCGAGUUCUUCGACAGCGACUACACCUCUGGACCUCUGCACAGCUCUUUUAAACUUCACAGGCACCCCGACAGCUUUUUCCACCUGCAGCUGCUGAGCUCUGUGAACCUGCCGCAGUACGAGUCCAGCACCUUCCUCCUGGAGUCCCUCAUCGGGCUGACGGAGCCCGACCCGGAUCAGGGGUAGCACAGGGCAGAUUUUAUAGCCACGCGUUCUAGGGACAUGACUGUGUAAGAUCAUUUAAUGUACAAAGCACUGCCUAUGCAUUUGUAAUAAUAUUUCAAUGGAAAAAAGGAAUCAUUGAUAAACUAUUUUUCCUAGCUGGAUAUAUUUUCUAUUGCCUACAAAUAUUUGCCUUUAUUUUAAGAGAAAACGCACUUGAAUAAUUAAUAUGUAUUUUUAUUUGAUUUCCUGAUAUUUUGUAUGUUAUUUAAUUUCUUAUACCGCUGAUAUUUCUUGGUCUCGGCUCUGUUGCUACCGCUUCAUCAUUGUAAGUUAACUUGUUUUAUGUCAUAUUUAUUACAAAGGUCACAAAGGCAAUAAAGCAUUUGAAAAAGUGAUGCCCCACAUAUCAUGACACAAAUGUGCAUACUUUGCAAGUAGCUGGCCAUGGUGCGUAAAUCCACUUUAAAGCAGCCAGUAAGUCAAUGAUAACACUCCUCCAUUUUGAGCCUUCGAGUUGUGAAUUAUUUUCUACUGCCUUUGCUGAUUGUGGAUUAUCAAGUAUCUGCUUAACAAUAUGUUAUAAUAUUUUUGUAUCGGAGUAAUAUAAUAAAACGUUUUAAAUGUA